AUGGCGCUGCUGGUCAUUGGCUUUACGCUCCUGCUGGUCAAUGCCGCCGGCGCUGGCAAGAAGCCUUUGUUCGAUUAUGCUGACCACUAUGUGAUGCUGACCCAUGAAGGCAUUUGGUCAAAGAAUGACUUCGGACGGAACAACUUCUACAGGGCCGCCCUUGCCAGCGCAAUGCCGAGGUGUUCGGGCUGCCGUGUCUUGGACUUGGGGGCUGGCAGUGGCUUACUGGCUAUGCUGGCAGCAGAAUAUGGGGCUCAACAAGUCGUUGCACUGGAGGCGAAUCCGGCACUGGCUGAACUUGCCAACAAGACCGUCGAGGCCAAUCGUGGGCUUUGGCCACCGGACACCGAGAUCUCAGUUCUGGCUCAGCUGUCGAGCCACUUGGAGAAGACCACCGGCGCCAGCGAGCUCUUUGAUGUUUUGGUGACAGAGACCUUUGGAACAAUGCUUUUGGGAGAGAGUGCAUUGUCCUUUGUCUCGGAUGCACGCCAGGAAAGAGACUCUUGA